AUGGAGAGGGGCGGUGUACAAGCGGACGCGUCGCCGACGGUUCUCCGGAGUAGAAUAAAUUGGGGCGACGACAAUCCGAUCGAAGAAAAUAGAAGGGGGAUGGAGAUCGGCAGCGGACGAGCCGUCGCAUCGUCGAAUGCUCCUCACAGCAGAGUAAUCUGUGGCGACGAAACCUCAAUCGAGGAGAAGAGAAGAAAGAUCGAGAGCGGCGGCGUACAGGCCGUCGCGUCGGCGGCGGCUCCGAGGGACAUGGUGGUCUUGGGAGACGACGGGCGUCCGCUCGAUGGCGUGAAGCGUGCCAAAAUCAUUCGACACUUGAGGCAUGGUGAUGGCUCUAUCUACAGAAGCAACGGUUAUUAUGCUAAAGUUUAUCGUCUCCAUGACACCAACGAGACUUGUCUGGGGCCAAUGAUGAUGACAGAGCCAUCAAGCUCUUGCAUGGCUGAUGGCAGGAGGGUUUGCCAGAGUCAUGAAUUUCGGACCAUGAUGCAGAUAUUCUACUUGAAGCUAGCUUACACUUCUUCAUAUGUUGAUGGCCCGGUCAAGUUGUAUGGAUAUGUGGCUGUCAGGGAUCUGUUGAACCCUAUGCGUAAUUAUAUCUUCAAUCGCCAAAGGGAUGAUCCUUUCAUCGUGGGGCCUGAUGGCUUUAUACAGAUUACUGGCCCUAAGAGGGGCAUCAGAAUGGAGGCUCAUGUGCUAAUCGAGUUUGACCUGAAGAUCAAGAAAGCGGGAGAAGUAGAAGAUGAUUUAAAGCUCAUCGACUGUGUUGCCUCCUUCAGCCACAGAACCUCAAGACAUGCUACGGCAAGCAGAAGGCGGAUUGAUGGUGAUUAUGGAGCGGUGGAUAUAACCUAUGCACUUCUGGACAGCGCCGCGGAGGCCACUGUACAGGUCGGGAUAUCAGAGCUGGCUUCACAGGACAAUGGCUUGAAGCUGAAAGCAGCAGCAUUUUACACUUCACAGUUGAGUGGGCAGUUCGAUCUGUUUGAUGGAAUCGUAGCUGCCGAGGCAUCUGACCUAAGCAGGGUUGUGGUUGCUGUGGUGAAGGGAGGUCAUUUGCUUGUAUCGUUGAUACUCAGUCAGACUGGUGGCUCGGAUCGUCGUAUUGUUCAGAGUUCCUGUACCUUCCCUGUUCAAAAGCAUGGAAACCGUGUCUCUGUUCUCAAGCUUGGGCUGGCCACUAUAGAGGUGAAGGUAACCUGGUCUACUUUGGACUUCCCCCAAAGCCUUCUCGGUCCAAAUUGCUUUAAGUGGGAGUAUAUGGCAGCUGAGGUUGACUAUGAGGGUGAUUAA